AUGAUCCUAGUGGGGGCAAACUUAAUUGGGUGCGCACCAUAUGCAUUGGCACUUAGUCCUCCAACCUUUUCGAAGUGCAUAGACCACAUCAAUUUCUCUAUUCGGACAUUCAAUGAGAAGCGUAAACCUCUUGUCGGUUACUUGAACGAGAACUUCCCCAAUGCUAAAUUCACUUAUCUGAAUGCUUACGCUAUCUCUCAUGAAUUACUAGACAAUCCUUCGCGAUAUGGCUUCAAAGUCACCACAACUGCUUGCUGUGGGCUUGGAAGGAAGCGUGGUUCGAUCGUUUGUCCUAGAAACCAAAUUCCACGCAAGAACAGGGACGAGCACUGCUUUUGGGACUCUUACCAUGUCACUGAAGCCGCCAAUCUGGUCAUUGCCAGAAAGCUGCUCAGCGACGAAGCUGAAUUCUUCACUUACCCGUUCACUAUUUCCCAACUAGCCAGGCUCUAA